GAAAAAGACACUCCUUGAUAUGGCGCUGCGGUCGCUACCGAUCAUUCAUAAACGUUGAAUUUUGUUCACUUUUAAGCUAAUGUUUAGAGCGCUUGUUGCGUGCUAUAAUUAAUUAAUUUGCACUUAACGCAUUUUUAAAGCCCCUGAUUGCUUAUGCUUGAGGUUAGAUUAAUUAAAUUGUACCGCGGAUGCAUCGAAUGUCGGUAGAUGUCGGCGUGUUGGCUCUGCAUUCGGUCAUCCGUGCUACAAAAAUUAGCUUGUGUUAAUAAUUAAUAAUUUGCCUCGACCACGGCCCCGCACAAACAUCGAUUUCCUGGGACUUUCGCGUCAAGAAUGAACUCGGGCGGCAUCACGGGAACGCCUCUCUCAGCCGGAGCCCAAGCCAGCUGCCUUCCGAGCUUCCUGACUGGGGCUGCCGGAAGUGGCCACACACCAUGGCCGGCUACCUCGGAGCGCUCGUUGAAGCUCGCUUCGGCCACUUCGGCCAGCCGACCCCUCCGAACCUACGGGAGCAGCGACGAGAGUCCACGCUCGAGGAUACUAUCGCCGAUGGACCGGACGGGGCCGCCCGCUCGUGGACUUUUCAGCUCGCCACAGAUUUCCACGACGGAGGACGAGUGGUCUCGUGUCCCCGGUGGACAGAGCACAACGUCCAUCCUCCAGGAGUCCGGCGUGUUGAACCGCAGCGGCAGCUUCCGUCAGAGCCCGUCCCAAGUGGACCCUUUCUUCAGUCAGGGGGAAAAACUGACGUCGUCGACCGAGCUGGAUGAAACCUGGGUGACUGUUUUCGGGUUUCCUCCUUCUGCCACCUCCUACAUCGUGCAGCAGUUCUCCCACUAUGGAAACAUCCUGGAACACAGGGUUGUCCCGGAAAGCAACUGGGUCCACCUCCACUACCAGUCCAAGCUGCAGGCCAAGAAGGCGCUGAGCAAGAACGGCAAGGUGUUUGGCACCAACACGAUGGUGGGCGUGAAGCCGUGCCUGGAGGCGAUGCAACCUUCGCCGAGCGCCAAGUUCACGCCCGCCAAAGAGAACGGGGGCAUGCGCUCCCUCUGCCGCGCCUACCGGGCCUCCUCGGCCUCCCGGGAGGUGGGCCUCGCCACGGAGCACCUGCCCCAGCGCGACAACACGGUCGUCUCGCGCGCCCUCGAAUACGUGUUUGGCUGGUAGCGGGCACACCGUAAAUAAAAGUGCGUGCGACUUGUUUUUAACGAA